AUGGCUAAAAGAAAGGCAACAGAAUCGGAACCUUUACCAACUAAGAAACCAUCAAAGUCAGUUUCCGAAACAACAGUUUCAAUAUGUAUACCUUCAACAGUGAUUUCCCCGAAGAACGCCUAUAAUUUGCAACAAAUAACCAACAUCAUAUAUCAAAUUGCUAAAGCCUGUACCAUUUAUAAAGUCGCUGAAAUCGUAGUGUUUGAUGUACCUGAAUUAAACAACGAACAAGAAGAUGUUAAGCUGACUGUUGUUGUUGGGAGCAAAGUCAAGUUUGUUGAAGAUGAGCCUGAAAAGAGUCUUGCAAGUCCGAACAAGAAAUCCAGUGUUAAUGGGGACGAUGUAUCUCCUUCAUUGUUAGUAGCCAGUUUAUUGCAAUUCUUUAUCACUCCACCAUACCUUGUGAAAACAAUGUUUUCCAGUCACUUAAAUUCCAAAUUUAAAAACAUACUUCCGAAAUUCACAUAUGCUUUCAAAUUACCGAAAAUAACCACUUUACCAUUUAUGCAAAAUAAUCAAGUAUACAAGGUUCUCAAAGAAGGUAUGAUAAUACCACGAGAAACACCAUUGAUGAGAAAGAAGAAUAAGAAAACCAAGUCGGACCACAAAAUCACUGUUAGUAAAUAUGUUAAUAUUGGAGAGAAAGAGGCAUUGAAACUAGAAAUUAAACGGGAAAUCCCCAUAUAUUCUCGUGUAACGGUUGACUUGAAAAACAAAACUGUUGUUUCCCCAUUGCAAGCCUAUGGAGUUAUUGGUCAUAAAGCCGCCUUUGGUUAUCAUGUGAGAAUGGCUAGUGAGUUCAACAAGAUAUUCACCCAAUCACCAAUUUCUGAUGGUUAUUCAAGCACAAUAUAUGUAAACUGUGAUGAUUAUUUUGGCAACAACAAUAAAAUAAAGGAAUUGGAUAAUCUACUGACUUUCAAAGAGGCCACAGGAAAUGUAUUGAUGGUGUUGGGUAACUAUAAAGAUCUACAAGCUGGAUUUAAAGCUGACUCUUCAAAUGUAUUUCAAAAUGUUGAAAAUGUUGCCCAGUUGUUUGAUUCCAAAUUGAAUAUCCCUGAUGGAUGCAGAAUAGAAGAUGCCAUCUUAAUUAGUUUAGCAAAAGUUAUAGAGUAG